AUGGUUGCCUCUUCGCUUGAACGGAGUAGCAACGGUCAUACUCGAUUUCAUGGCUGCUCAAAUAUUCGUGAUUUUGAGUUUCUAGGCAAGCUUGGAGAAGGAACAUUUGGUGAGGUUUACAAGGCAAGAUUGAAAAAAGACAGUUCUGUUGUUGCUUUGAAAAAAAUUCUCAUGCACAAUGAGAAGGAUGGAUUUCCUAUAACUGCUCUCCGUGAAAUUAAACUCUUAAAAAUGCUUUGCCAUCCUAAUAUCCUUCAACUCAAAGAGAUGGCCGUGGAGAGAAGCAAAGGCGAAGGACGAAAAAAGCCAAGCAUGUACAUGGUCACGCCAUACAUGGAACAUGAUCUCUCAGGGCUUUUGGAAAACCCAGCAGUUCGUUUUACUGAACCCCAAAUCAAAUGUUAUCUGUUGCAACUUCUUGAGGGACUCAGAUACUUGCAUGGGAAUCGCAUCCUUCAUCGUGAUAUGAAAGCUGCAAAUCUGCUGAUCAGCAACAAAGGAAUUCUUCAGAUUGCCGACUUUGGACUGGCACGGCCGUAUGAUGAACCGCCGCCUCAACCUGGAAAGGGCGGUGGUGAAGCAAAAAGAGACUAUACUACGCUUGUUGUGACGCGAUGGUAUCGCCCGCCUGAGCUUCUGCUCCAGCUUCGACGCUAUACAACGGCUAUAGAUAUGUGGGGUGUUGGAUGUGUUUUCGGCGAAAUGUUCAAAGGAAAACCCAUACUUGCAGGCAGCAGUGAUCUUAACCAAGCACAGCUCAUUUUCAAUCUUGUGGGCACCCCCACUGAAGAGAAUAUGCCUGGUUGGGGUUCACUUCCAGGUUGUGAAGGUGUUAAGAGCUUUGGAUAUAAACAGGGAAAUUUACCCGAAGCAUUCAAAGGUCAAAGCCCCACGGCUAUAUCAUUGCUGAGCGAACUUCUCAAGCUUGAUUGGCGUAAAAGAAUAAAUGCCAUUGAUGCAUUAAAACACCCUUAUUUUUUUAGUACACCGCUUCCAGCGCGCCCGGGUGAGCUACCUUAUUUUGAGGAUUCUCAUGAACUUGAUAGGCGAAAGUUUCGUGGACAACGAGCAAUGCCUCCAGCUCCUGCAGGAGGAUCAGUUGGCAUGGGCCCCAACGGAGGGUGGUCUACAAAUUCCGGGGCGCGAACAGGAGUGGAAAAUCGCAAUAGUCGCAUUCCGGGUGCUGCACGUGCAGGAAAAUCGAAUUCUCAAGAAAGCUACGGCAAUUUACGACGAACAUUUGACAAUCGAGUUAGUGAGAUGCAACCGUCGCGAACAAGGCAAGGGAACGAAGACUUAAAUCAAUCUUUCCCAGGCUGGCAAAGAGAAGUUGGCUUACCACCUAAACCCCCCGUGACUGCGUACCAACCUUGGAGCGGGAAUCAUGGAAGAGCAGGGCGGGAUAGGAGUCGUCAAGGCCGUUAUGGCGGACGGCCAGAUGGGAAUUUGGAUUCUUAUGUUCCGAAUUACAGCGACACUGGCGAGCGCGUUCGAGACAGGGAUGUAGAUUACUCAGGACUUAACACUGAUCGGCGUGAUGCUAGACUGGAGCAGCCAAACAGACGAGAUUACCAACGUGACCACACCACCAGGAGGCGGAGUCGAAGCCCAAACGUGAAAGACUGGGGGUCAAGGCGUCGAUAG